GGUCUGCUCUAUGGACUAGUGUGGGCGGCUGGCUCUUUUCUCUCCCUGCCCUGUGGCCCACUAUCUUCCUUCCCCUCCUUGGAGAGCCCCUGCAUCCCUCCCCCAAGGUGGAAUCAGCCGGCUGGAGGCUCCUGGGGGAGAGCAAUCGCCUGGCCCUGCCGUGCCCUGCCCACACCACACCAUGACCUUCUGCUGUUGCCCCUCUUGCUGGCCUCCCUGCUCCCCUCCAGCUCCUGUAACAAAGCCAACAAACACAAGCCAUGGAUCGAGGCAGAAUACCAAGGCAUCGUCAUGGAGAAUGACAACACGGUCCUGCUGAACCCGCCACUCUUUGCCUUGGACAAGGAUGCUCCCUUGCGCUAUGCAGGUGAGAUCUGUGGCUUCCGGCUCCAUGGGUCUGGGGUGCCCUUUGAGGCUGUGAUUCUGGACAAAGCAACUGGAGAAGGGCUGAUCCGGGCCAAGGAGCCAGUAGACUGUGAGGCCCAGAAGGAGCACACCUUCACCAUCCAGGCCUACGACUGCGGCGAGGGCCCUGACGGGGCCAACACCAAGAAGUCCCACAAGGCGACUGUGCAUGUGCGGGUCAACGAUGUAAAUGAGUUUGCCCCCGUGUUUGUGGAGCGGCUGUACCGUGCUGCGGUAACUGAGGGGAAGCUGUACGACCGCAUCCUGAGGGUGGAAGCCAUCGAUGGUGACUGCUCCCCCCAGUACAGCCAGAUCUGCUACUAUGAGAUCCUCACACCCAACACACCCUUCCUCAUCGACAAUGACGGAAACAUUGAGAACACGGAGAAGCUGCAGUACAGUGGCGAGAGGCUUUAUAAGUUCACAGUGACGGCUUAUGACUGUGGGAAGAAACGGGCAGCAGAUGAUGCUGAGGUGGAAAUCCAGGUGAAGCCUACCUGUAAACCCAGCUGGCAAGGCUGGAACAAAAGGAUUGAAUAUGCACCAGGUGCGGAGCUUGCUUUGUUCCCUGGUAUCCGCCUGGAGACCUGUGAUGAACCUCUCUGGAAUAUUCAGGCCACCAUAGAGCUACAGACCAGCCAUGUGGCCAAGGGCUGUGACCGUGAAUACUCAGAGCGGGCUCUGCGGAAACUCUGUGGUGCUGCCACUGGGGAGGUAGAUCUGUUGCCCAUGCCCGGCCCCAAUGCCAACUGGACAGCGGGACUCUCGGUGCACUACAGCCAGGACAGCAGCUUACUUCUACUGUUCAAUGGCACCCAAGCUGUGCAAGUGCCCCUGGGUGGCACAGCUGCUGGCUCUGGACCCCAGGACAGCCUCAGUGACCAUUUUACUCUGUCCUUUUGGAUGAAGCAUGGUGUCACUCCCAACAAGGGCAAGAAGGAAGAGGAAACCAUCGUGUGUAACACUGUCCAGAAUGAGGACGGCUUCUCUCACUACUCACUGACCGUCCAUGGCUGUAGAAUUGCCUUUCUCUACUGGCCUUUGCUGGAGAGUGCCCGCCCAGUCAAGUUCCUCUGGAAGCUGGAGCAGGUCUGUGAUGAUGAGUGGCACCACUAUGCUUUGAACCUGGAGUUCCCCACAGUCACACUUUAUGCCGAUGGCAUCUCGUUCGACCCUGCCCUCAUCCAUGACAAUGGUCUCAUCCACCCGCCCCGAAGGGAACCUGCUCUCAUGAUUGGGGCCUGCUGGACUGAGGAAAAGAACAAAGAGAAGGAAAAGGGAGGAGACAACAGUACAGACACCACACAAGGAGACCCCUUGCCGAUCCACCACUACUUCCACGGCUACCUGGCUGGUUUCAGCGUGCGCUCAGGCCACCUGGAGAGCCGCGAGGUCAUCGAGUGCCUCUAUGCAUGCCGGGAGGGGCUGGACUAUAGGGAUUUCGAGAGCCUGGGCAAAGGCAUGAAGGUCCACGUGAACCCCUCGCAGUCCCUGCUCACCCUGGAGGGGGAUGAUGUGGAGACCUUCAACCAUGCCCUGCAGCAUGUGGCUUACAUGAACACUCUGCGCUUUGCCACGCCUGGCGUCAGGCCCCUGCGCCUCACCACAGCUGUCAAGUGCUUCAGCGAAGAAUCCUGUGUCUCCAUCCCCGAAGUGGAGGGCUAUGUGGUGGUUCUUCAGCCUGAUGCCCCCCAGAUCCUGCUAAGUGGCACUGCUCAUUUUGCCCGCCCAGCUGUGGAUUUUGAGGGACCUGAGGGGAUCCCUUUGUUCCCCGAUCUUCAAAUCACUUGCUCCAUUUCUCACCAGGUGGAGGCCAAAAAGGAUGAGAGUUGGCAGGGCACAGUGACAGACACACGCAUGUCAGAUGAGAUCGUGCAUAACCUGGAUGGCUGUGAGAUUUCGCUGGUGGGGGAUGACCUAGACCCCGAGCGGGAAAGCCUGCUCCUGGACAUGGCAUCCUUGCAGCAGCGAGGGCUGGAGCUCACCAACACGUCCGCCUACCUCACCAUUGCCGGGGUGGAGAGCAUCACUGUGUACGAAGAGAUCCUGAGGCAGGCUCAUUAUCGGCUAAGACACGGAGCUGCCCUCUAUGCCAGGAAGUUCCGGCUGUCCUGCUCAGAAAUGAAUGGUCGUUACUCCAGCAAUGAAUUCAUCGUGGAGGUCAAUGUCCUGCAUAGCAUGAACCGGGUGGCCCACCCCAGCCACAUGCUCAGUUCCCAGCAGUUCCUGCACCGUGGUCACCAGCCCCCUCCUGAGAUGGCUGGACACAGCCUGGCCAGCUCCCACCGAAACUCCAUGGUCCCUAGUGCGGCGACUCUCAUCAUUGUGGUGUGUGUGGGUUUCCUGGUGCUCAUGGUCAUCUUGGGCCUCGUGCGUAUCCACUCCCUUCACCGCCGUGUCUCAGGGGCCGGUGGUCCUCCAGAGGCCUCCAGUGACCCCAAGGACCCCGACCUCUUCUGGGAUGACUCAGCGCUCACCAUUAUCGUGAACCCCAUGGAGUCCUACCAGAAUCGGCAGGCCUGCGUGGCGGGGGCUGCCGGUGGCCCGCAGGAGGACGACGACAGCAGUGACUCAGAGGCCGCGGACUCCCCUAGCAGCAACGAGAGACGCAUCAUUGAGACCCCUCCACGCCGCUACUAAGGCUACAGCCCUCCCCAAACAGAGAAUUCUGCCCUGGUGAGACAGAGACACCCCCAGAAAAGAGACAAGGACAUUCUGAGAGAAGAGACCAGGAGGGAGAGGGCUCUUCAGAAUGAGUCACCCUUUAAUCCCCAAAUCCCGGUGGGCCCCACUGGGAUCUGCCUCCCCCUGCGCCCCCAGCCCACCUCCCUCCUGUGCCUCUGGGCUCCUGUUCCCCAGAAGACCCUGGCUGCCUUCUCUGCCCCCAAGGCAGCGGCCCCUUAGCUUGCCCGGGUGUCUGUCUCUCCCCUACGAGCCAUGCGCUGCAUGGGGGGUGGGGGCGUCACUAGCGGCCAGGGGUGGGAUCGAAGGGAACCCUUCCCUACUCUCCUGUCCAUGGAGGCCUUCCUUCCCUGGGGCUCCCUCAGCUGGGCCUUCACGGCUUCUCUUCUGUUCCCUCCUCUCUCUCUCUUUCCAUUUCACUCUGGGGACCCCUGCUUCUUCACCUUGCCCACUCUCCUUCCUUUUCUGUCGUCUUUCCCCUCUUCUCCUUGCCGUAGGUCCUACAGCCCCUGCCCCUUCCUGCGUGACCUGGCUGUGGCUAGGUUGUGGGGAUGGCAGGGGGCAUGGCGGGGAGGGGGGCCCAGGUAUUAUAUAUAAUGUAUAUUUUUUCAUGUUGCUGUGAGCGCAGCCCCUGUGUUCCGUGUGCAGCUCACAGCCUUGUGUGUGUGUGUGUGGCAUCGUCAUGUCCUGGGGUAAGGGUAGGGGGAUGGGUGUGGUGAGGGAGGGGAUGCACCCUAGGGUUUUCAAAUAAAACAACUAGAAA